AAACCAGGGGCGGACUGACCAUUUGGAAACUCGGGCACUGCCCGAGGGCCCGGGGUCAAUAGGGGGCCCCAUGAGAUACCCCGGUACCUUUUACAUAGGCUUUUUUGAGUUUGGGCAAGGACACAGGGGCCCCAUGAUCCCCUAUUGCCCGGGGGCCCCUUGUGUUGUCAGUCCACCCCUGAUUGAAAGUAAAAGAAAAUCCCAAAUUUUGGGUUGUCCCCAGAAAAGUAAUAGAGGGGAAAUCUUCCAAUGGGGACACUAGUUCUGGUGACCUGGGGGUCCCCAAGGAAUCCCCUUAAUUUGCAGGGAUUUCCUCUCACUUCCUGUUUGGCUAUGGGACAGUAAGCGAAGGAAAAUCUCCGUAAUGGGAC